AUGUUCACAUGGCACAAAUACAAGUGCACUCUCAAACAAAUUAAGACUUCUGUUUGUGCUCAGGUCCCCUCAGACAUACACACUUACAUGUAUACCUAUGUAGAAUGCUCUGUGGUGCUGGACCAAGAUUGUCUGAGACCUGGUGUUGGCGCAUCUGGACAAGGAAGGGCCUACACUACUUCGAAGAAACACAAGUGCCUCUACUGUCCCUACACCACUAACCAGCACUCUCAUUUGACUGCACAUUACCGCACACACACGGGGGAGAAACCCUUUUCGUGCCCAUACUGCACCCACCAUUCAAUGACUUCUAGUGAUUUAAAUAAACAUAUCAGGAUUCAUACAGGAGAAAAGCCAUUUGCCUGUCCACAUUGUUCCUAUCGCUCCACACAAAAUAGCAGUUUAAAAUCACAUCUUCGUACACAUAGGGAAAAACCUUGA